CAAACAUGGUUUAACCUUAUCUUAUCCAAUAUCCACAUCCCACAAGACAAACAUCAGUAACCUCACUCCAUCAUCAUCUUCAAUGUCAUUGGUUAAGAACAACCACUAUUACCUAUAGCAUCUCAUAGUUCCAAUCCAAUGGCUGAAAACAAAGACAUUGAAACUGUUAUCAGGAGAGUAACCUCUGUAACCAACCACCUCAUUUCCUCUCCAACAACAUCACCACCUCAACUUAUUUCCUUGUUUCACACUUCGGGGAGUUCUAGGAAUAAUGAUAGCUACCAACGUGUUCAUGGUGAUGUUCCCUCUCAUGAUGUUGUUUGGAAGGUUGCUUCUGAUGAUCAAGGACAGGAUUUCACUGACAUUGUUUAUGAGAAAUCUGUUGGUGAAGGAAUUGCUAAGAUUAGUAUAAAUAGGCCAGAGAGAAGGAAUGCUUUUCGACCUCACACGGUUAAGGAGCUUAUUCGUGCUUUCAAUGAUGCUAGAGAUGAUCCCUCUGUUGGUGUCAUCAUUCUCACUGGAAAAGGAACAAAUGCAUUUUGUAGUGGUGGUGACCAAGCCUUGAGGACUGGAGAUGGUUAUUCUGAUCAUGAAAAUAUCGGUCGCCUUAAUGUGUUAGACUUACAGGUGCAGAUUCGCCGCCUUCCAAAACCAGUAAUUGCAAUGGUUGCAGGGUAUGCUGUUGGAGGAGGGCAUGUAUUACAUAUGGUUUGUGAUUUAACCAUUGCAGCAGAUAAUGCUAUUUUCGGCCAAACCGGUCCUAAGGUUGGAAGCUUUGAUGCUGGUUACGGAAGUUCUAUCAUGUCGCGUUUGGUUGGUCCGAAAAAAGCACGCGAAAUGUGGUUUCUCGCAAGAUUCUAUACGGCUGUCGAAGCAGAGAAAAUGGGCCUUAUCAAUACUGUUGUACCACUAGAGAACUUAGAAAAAGAAACAAUCAAAUGGUGUAGGGAGAUACUCAGAAAUAGCCCAACUGCAAUUCGGGUUCUCAAGGCUGCUAUUAAUGCAGUUGACGAUGGCCAUGCCGGACUUCAGGAAAUGGGUGGAAAUUCAACAUUGAUAUUUUAUGGCACUGAAGAAGCAAAUGAAGGUAAAACUGCAUAUAUGGAGCGUAGACGCCCAGAUUUUUCUAAGUUUAAUAGAAGACCAUAAAUAGAGGAAUAAAACUGAUUUUGUUCAUGUUAGCUCUUGCCUCUAAUUUAUUAAUUUUCAAUCAUCAAUAUAUAAUGUAUUUGAGGCUGGUAAGUGGUAAUAUUGAUUUGUGAGCUAUAGAGGAAAAUAAUGUUUAUCCUUA